CUAAAAAAAAAACAAAUUGCGACCAGUUCUCUACCUUCCACGCGGUAGGGUUAGGGCCGCCCCCGCCGCCGACGGCGACCGGAGCGGAGCUCGCUCCGCCGCUUCCCCUCCCACCGCCUCGCCUCGCCCGACCGCGUCUUAUAGUCCCCGUAGUUUCCGGUUUUGAUUCUGCCCCGCGGGUUCCGGAUUCGCGUCGCCGCCGCUGGGUCCGAUUCGCCUCCGCCGCCGCCUGAUUAGAGUUCGGCGCCGCCACCACCAGUUGGGAACUCUCUCCGCCAACCGUCUCAAGCUUCCCGUCGACAGGCCAUGGACCCGUCGGGCUGGACAUCGCUCCCCUCCGACCUCAUCAGGCGCGUCGCGGACCUCUUCCUCGCCACCAGCGAUGUGGACUACUACAUGAGCGUGCGCGCCGUGUGCCGCAACUGGCGCGCCGCCACCGACGAUCCGACCGGGCUGGACCCUCGCUUCACGCCCCGCGGAUGGGUUUUGGUCGCGUCGCUCGCCGGCGAUGAUCAAACCGGCCGCCGCUGUCUCUUUCUUCAUGCCAACACCGGCCGUUUCCUGUGGAAGGGCCCGCUCCGCAACUACACCUGUGUUGCCUCCACUGAGGACGGCCACCUAGUCUUGGAGCCGGCAUCGAGGAACUCCAGGAUCUGCCUCCUCAAUCCCAUGACUGGCAGCCUAGUCAGCUUGCCCGUAACUACGGCGCAGUUCCUUGGUGACAACGAAUUUGGUCUCAGUCACGACAGAAAUAUGUUCGCGACAGGCUCUUCAUCGAUGGUGCUCUACAGCUUUUUUGAUUCCAGUUCUGGCGGGUGCAUCGAUCUGACCUGGGAUGCUGUUUAUAAUCGGGAGUCACUGUUCAAAGCCAUGACGGGUAUGUUUGCCUCCAUGGUGCCCUUCAAAGGUCGCGCUUACGCCGUGAACGAGAAUGGGUCAGUCGCUGUGGUGGAACACAACUGCAGGCUGGAUGAGAAGCCUGAGGUCACCAGGGUUAUCACCGGCAGCUGGAAUUGGAUGGACGGCCGCAACACGUUCCUUGUUGACAAUGCAGGGGAGCUGCUGGUUGUGAGCCUUCUGGUGUCGCGGAGAGAGGUGCAGGUCUUCAGGGUGGAUCUCAAGAAUGGGCUUUUGGAGCAGAUUAAGGGUAUUGGCAACCGUGCUAUCUUCCUUGGCAAGCGGCGGUGUUUGUCGGUUGAUGCUUAUAAAUUCCAAGCCAUCGAAAGCAACUGCAUCUACUACAUUGGCAAUCGCUUUGGCUUCGACUGCGGGAUUUUCAUGCAUUGCCUCAAGGACGGCAGCCAUGUGAAACUCUUUGAGUCCUGUUGUGUCCCGGAGGGCCCCAAGAGCCUUGCCAGAGUUAUCAUGGAGUAUGCUUGCUAUGGACAUAAUGCUUAGUGCUGCAUAACAAUCCGUUACUUUCUUCUCAUCCAAGGGGAAAUAAUGUCUUGUGUGUUCGUUGCAAACUGAUGGCCGGUUGCCUCAGGUCAGUUUAUCUAUCUAUUGUGGAAAAAAAAUCAAACCCAUUGCUGAGAUGAUUUUCAUUCUCGGUUCAGUUUUUAUAAUAUACAGGAAGUUUUUAAAUGACAAAUCUUCAAACAUAUGGGCUUUCAUCCGAAAGAUUAUCAAAUUGUCAUGUUUGGAGUUUUUUA